CCCACUCCUUGUGGUCUAAUUCCAUUUACUAUUCCAUCAAUCUCAAAUAAGGUGUGAUGUUAUUAAGAAAUUAGGAAGAAGAAAAAAAAAAGAGCUUUCAAGAUGUGCAGAAUAGCGGAGGAAGGAGAAAGAAGGCAUCAGUCACAGGCGGUGGCUGCCGGAAUAUUCUAGAUCAACACUGCCGUUUCCACUUUCUGCCGACUGGUUGAUGCUAUCGACAUUGCCAAGGACACUCUUGACCAUCGCCAAAAGCUCCCAGUAAGCAGGUAGAAGAUGCCAAGCUUGCAAGGGAUUUCCAAACAACAUUGCAAGAAUUCCAGAAAGUUCAGCUCUGUGCCUUGUUGGCUUACCUCCAAAAUGGAGACAAUUGUUAUUCUGGUUUGCUACAAUGAAAAAUGGGUAACCUCAAAGAAGAUGUGCAAAUACGAAGGGGGUGACUCAAAAGGCUUAAUAGUUCCACGAACCAUCACAUUUGCUGAACUGUUGGAUCGUGUACAUCAGAUUGAUUGCAGCUAUGAAUUGUCCCCUACAAUACUUAAAGAUAUCGAACGUACACCCUCCAAACGACCAUGUCAGUUACCUGGGAGACCAGCCAUGGCAUGUGCUGUUCCCAUCUCCACCUCUAACUCCAAAUCACUAUCCUACUUCAUCUGGAAGUGGAGGCUGAGAGCAAUGAUCCGCUUGACAAAAUCUCUGCCGUGAAGCACGACCUCCAAUAUUUGUCAAAGGCAAUAGAUUGGUGGGAGAGAAAAUGUGAUAUUCAUGGCCAACAAGUUGAA